AUGCGAUUUUUGGUGAAAAGCGCAAUUUCAAUAUGCAUAUUCAUUCUGAUAUUCAAAACGGCCGACACCGAUUCAAGAGGAGACGUCGUCGUCGUCGUUGGAAGCACUCAGAAGACGGAGGAGGUGGUGGCGGUGAAUAAGACUGAUGUGUUGGGCGAAACAAUCGAUGCGAAUGCGACAAGUCUUGAACAACACGGUGCGGCGAUCGUCGGAAAUGUAUCGGAGGAGAAGAAACGAUCACUGGCGAUAUUCUUUAUUCUAUUCGUAAUAAUGUUGGCAACUCUCGUCGUCCAUAUGUUAAUUGUAUCAAAACUCCACUGGAUGCCCGAAUCAUUGGCUAUCGUUGCUCUCGGAGCACUCAUCGGAUCGAUUCUUUCGUAUUCGCAGAGAGAUUGGAGUGAAAUUGAAGCAUUGAGUCCGGAUGUCUUCUUCUUAGUCUUGCUACCGCCUAUCAUAUUCGAAAAUGCGUAUAAUUUGAAUAAGGGAUAUUUUUUCUCCAAUUUUGUACCCAUUUUGACGUUUGCGAUUCUUGGAACGACGAUUUCUGCGAUGAUUAUCGGAGCGGGACUCUAUAUUUUGGGAGCGAUCGGCAUAAUCUUCGAAUUCACAUUUUUCGAAUGUUUCGCGUUCGCCGCCAUGAUCUCCGCCGUCGAUCCCGUCGCCACGUUGGCAAUAUUUCAAGCGGUGAAAGUGGAAUCUCUUCUCUAUAUGCUCGUAUUCGGAGAGUCGAUGCUCAACGACGCCGUUUCGAUUGUGUUGGCUGCGACUGCGUUGAGACACGCGAAACCAUCGUUCAACUCACUUCCAGCGUCGGAAAUUAUUACCAGUGCAUUUGUUACAUUCACUGAAAUGUUCUUCUUUUCCGCGUGGCUUGGUGUUGGAAUCGGAUUGUUGAGUGCGUUGCUCUUCAAACACGUGGAUCUGCGUAAAACGCCUUCUCUGGAAUUCGCUCUUCUUUUGAUCUUCUCCUACAUUCCGUAUGGAUUCGCCGAGGCUCUCGAUCUCUCGGGAAUCAUGGCAAUCCUCUUCUGUGGUAUCUCAAUGUCUCAAUAUACACGUCACAACGUCAGUCCGAUCGCCCAAAUCACGUUUCGUCACACGUUUCGAACGAUAUCGUUCGUCGCUGAGACGUCGACGUUCGCCUACAUCGGAAUGGCGUUCUUCACGAUUAAAUUGAAUUUCGCUCCGUGGUUAAUAUUCUGGAGUGUUGUGUUAUGUCUAUUGGGAAGGGCAUGUAAUGUGUUCCCACUGGCGUAUCUCGUUAAUCAGUGUCGAAAAGAUGUGCAGAUUUCGAUGAAGAAUCAGAUUAUUAUGUGGUUUAGUGGAAUGCGUGGAGCCGUGUGUUUCGCUCUCGUCCUCUACAUGGAUUUGGAUAAAGAGAAGAAAUCGAUACUGUUGACUACCGUACUCUUCCUCAUCCUCUUCACAACAAUAUUCCUCGGUGGAUCGGCUCUUCCGUUCAUUUCAUUCAUUAAUCGAUGUUAUCCGAAUGAGAGACAACGGAAGAGAAGACGGACGCCCAGAAAUAAGGAGACGUCGAAGAACUCGUCGGCUCUGAUGAUGAGUAAAACUCAGGAAAUGUCUUUCUUCGGCAGCGACGAUUGGGGACCAAAGAAGUCAGCGCUAGACGCCACGUCAUCCGCCGGGCGCCUAAUGCGAUCCCUAUUCGUCCGUAAAUUCACCGCAAUCGAACGACUCGAGAAUCGUGAUAAACUCGCCGCCUUGACGAAACGAGCACUCGCCAGUGACCAAAUGACAGAUAGUGAUGACGUGGAAUUCGGUGGAAAUCGAAAAGAUGACGUCACGUCGACACGUGGCAGAAGUGGAUCACGUGGAACGAGUAGUGACGUCAUCGUCAGUGGUGGAGGGGGCGGAGUCAGUGGAGAGCAACAUUUAUUGAUUAGUUCGGAUAGCGAUUCUAAUGAAUUAUAG